ACGCAUGCCGUGGCGACGCGUUUUACGUGCGGCUAUAGAAGUUUAUAUACUACUGCUCCACGGAGGCCGGCAAAAUUCAUCAAUACAUAUAAAUAAAAUUUAACUGUCAUAGGCCUUCUGUAGGGACUUUCAAUCAUCACGAUCCUGAGCCGCCUGCAUCCAGCGAAUCCCUGCGACUUGCUUGAUGUCGUCACUCCACCUGGUAUUAGAAAGUCGACCAACACUGCGUUUUUAGUGCGGGGUCGCCAUUGUCACCACCUUGGGACCCCAACGUCCAUCUUCAGCUUCGCGACUCGUUGAGCUGUGUUGGUGACUUUGAUCUAAUUCGUUUCGUUGUGAGCUUAUCGCGAGCGUAAUAAUGACGUCAUUAGUGACGUUUUCGCCGCGACUACAGCGUAACAGCGUUUGUUCCGUUGCCGAGCAACUGCUUGUACAAAACAAACUGACAAAGUCAAAAAGUAAAGUAGUGAAAGAUUUUAAAAUUUCUCCAAAUCCAUAGUUUUAAAGUUAUAAAAGCACGGUUUAAGUAUUUUUGUCACUAGUUUCAAUAAAUUAUAUUUAUCCCCUUCACAAUGGCUGACGAAUUACAAAAGUCUUACCUUUAUUACGAUGAAAUUAAUAAAAUUAGAAUAAUUGAAAACGUGGUUCUUAAGGAAACAGAGGAUUUAAAGGAAACUAGCAAAGAAUAUGAGACAAAAGUACAAGAUUUUGGCAAAAUAAUUACAACCUUGUUGGAAAUGCUUAAAGAAUUGGGAGAUAACGUAGAGAAGCAAAAGAUGGCUGCCAUAGGUGCUACUAAUCUGUUGAAAUCUAUCACCAAAGACAGAGAAAGUGAACAAGCAAAACUACAAGCAGAAAUAAGCGACAAGUCUAUAGUAUUGGAACAAUUGGACAGUGAAUAUGAUGCUUUACAAAUAUUGGAGGCAACCCAAAUGGAAACUAUAGAAUAUUUGACACAGCUAAGAUAGAGCUAUUGUUAAUUAUAUCAUACCAUGAUUGUUUUAGAAUAAAUUGCAAUACCUACUCGUAUAACAUGAUCAUGUACACUUGCCAUUGCCAAAGUUUGCUUGUACAACUAUCGCGAAUAUCAGCAACGAAGCGUAAGAUGUGACGUCACUUUUAAAAUGACACCUUAGGUCCAUUAUCCAUACAAAGUUUUUUUUUUAAGAAUAUUUGCAAUAUCUUUUAAAUAUGAUCAAUAUUUCCAUUCCCCUCCAACUAGUCGGGAAAGACUGUAUCAGGAGUGGGUACAACAAUAGACCAACGGGGCGGGGAUCAAACCACCACCUCUCGGUGAUGAGUCCGACCGCUCUUACCAUUAUAUACAAUGUACGAUACAAGUACACUGUAUAGUUGUACAAACUUAUCUGGCGCGGUGAGGUAACAUUUUGUUGGUUUUCGAAGCGUUAGCGUUUGUAGAAAGAGAAUCGACGAGAUGGCUACAGGCCGUAGAGUUCUUUCUACGAUCGCUAACAUUACAAUUACGAUUCUUGAUGGUUUUGUUUUUUAAAUAAUAUGUAUCUUACGGUUUCUUUUAAUUGUCAAAUAAAUAAAUAAUACAGUAACUGGGUCUGUAAAAAUGUAUUUCUUUUAAUUCACAAAAGGAAAGUUCUUAAAUUAAUAUGUAAUUAUGUGGACCGUUAUUGCAACGGAAACAAAAUGUGUAAAUUUUUCACUGUCACUGAUAAGUUAAAAAUUUUAGCAGCAAUUAUAAAAAUAUGAAUUCUUAUGUGACUAAGGAAUAACAUACAUAAUAAUAACUAAUUAUUUGUAGGUAUUUAAAUUUCACAUCCCUUGAUUUGAAAAUCUUUUGUAGGAACAUACCUAUAACAAUUUAUUGUUUGACCAAUCACCAAGAACAAUGUUUUUUUUUUUUGAAACAAUACAAAAUUGGGCACUUGUGAUUAUAAUAAACUGUUGAAAUUAAAAAAAAACAA